AUGGAGGUCGACGCGGGAUCAACAACCCCCGCCGAAGACAGACGCAAAUCCGGACGCGCGACGCGCCGCCCUGAUAUCUUUUCCCAGAGUUCGCAUUCUGCCAAACGCAAGCGAGGCGAGCCCCGUGGCGACGAUGAUUCGGAGAGCGACGACACGUCAGAGUCGGACAGUGACGAAGCCGCCGACGAAGACGCGGACGAGGAGGAGUUGAGAGAAAAGCGCCGUGCGGCACGCAAAGCCACCACCAAGAAACUAUCCAAACCCAAGAAAUCCCAUGCGGCAAAGAAACCCAAGGUCACAGCCAACGGACUGGCACGCCAGCUAGCCUUUCGACCGGCCAAUGGCCGACUCCCGGGCUCACGCCCAAAGAAAGUGAGGCCUCGACCCAGUCUCGCGGCUGGUGAGCGUGGGCUGUUUGCGGAGGUUUUUGGGAAGAGCAACAAUGCCGACACCGCUGCCGCCCAGUGGCUGACUCGAUACCAACGCCACAACGGGCAGGGCCUGCGCGACUUGAUCAACUUCAUUCUACGGUGCGCCGGAGCGGAUCUCGAGAUCAGUGAGGAGGAGGCGGCAGAUGCAGACAAUGCUCCGGACCGCAUCAAGGAUUUGCAGAAUUUAUACCAGGCUCAGGGUAUCACCGAAUACCCCCUCAUAUCCAAGGCAAAGAAAUACCGAGCUUUUCAGCCUCUUCUUGAGGAGUAUACGGUCGCGCUCAUCCAGACUUUCCAUCACUCAUCGGUCCUCUACACGGAUGACGCCCUGCUCGAGAAUAUUCACGUCUGGGUAUCCUCCAUGUCUACCGCUGGUUGUCGGCCGUUUCGGCAUACCGCGACCAUCAUUGGUCUGGCAAUCAUGAAUGCCUUGUGUGAUAUUGCCCGGGAGGUAAUGACGACCGUGUCAACCUCUCGCAAGCAACUCGAGAGCGAAAAAAAGAAAAAGUCCGUAAACAAGGGUCGCGUGGACGCCAUCCAGAAGGCUGUUUCCGAGGGUGAGGAGAAGACUGAGCGACUCGACGAGCUCCUGCAGGAUUUCUUCGACACGGUUUUCGUCCACCGCUAUCGGGAUGUUGAUGGGACGAUCCGUGCGGAGUGCCUGGCGGCUCUGGGCCGAUGGAUUCGCACAUACCGCGAGGUCUUCUUUGAAGGGCAAUACUUGAGGUAUCUAGGCUGGACUCUUGCGGAUAUGGUUUCGCAAGUCCGGCUUGUUGCCCUGACACAGUUGCUGCCCCUGUAUGAGAAUAGAGAUAACAUCGGCGGCCUUCACUCCUUUACCGAGCGCUUCCGCUCACGCAUCGUUGAGAUCGCUGUCCAGGAUGCGGACAUCAAUGUGCGUGGGGUGGCCGUUGAGCUGUUGAAUCAUCUCCGCGAAGCCGGAUUCCUUGAACCAGACGAUAUUGAUGCCGCUGGUCGGCUGGUAUUCGAUAUGGAUCCUCGCAUCCGGAAGACAGCCGGUCGCUUCUUCGUGUCCAAUGUGCAGGAUGCAUUUGAAUCAAUCACUGAGGAAGUGGGAGAUGAGGUCACCGAGAUGUUUCCCGACGACGACGAGGAUGACUACGAAUCACCAAAACGGGCAUGGAUCAAAUUCAAGUGCCUGGUCGACAUGUUUCAGGCGUAUGACCAGCAGGAAUCCGAACAGCAGCAAGAACGGACCUCGGCGCGUGACUCGCUCUCAGGCGUGCCGUUGGACUCACGGUUCGUUCUGGCAACGGAGGCAAUUUAUCCCCAUAUGGAAGAACUUUCUCAAUGGCAAGCAUUGGCCGGUUACCUGCUCUACGACCACUCCCAGAUUGCCGACAACCCGUCUGAAGAUGACACGACCGGAGUUGUGAGAAACCUGUACAAGAUGCAGGAGGGCCAGGAAGCAAUUCUGCUUGAGGUUCUCUGCGCUGCCGUGAAGCUCCGUGUUCUCGAUGUUGCCAAGUCCGAUAUUGACAAGCGAGGACGCAAGGUGAAAGCCCUGACGGAGAAGAUCCCCGAGCUCCAGGAAGAAAUCUCCCACAGCUUGGCACAGAUUAUUCCGCAGCUUCUCAACAAGUUCGGGUCUACCCCAGAAGCAGCUUCCGCGGUCUUGCGAUUGGAGCAUUUUGUCGACCUGGACGCGAUUCAAGACCUCCAGAAGGAUGCCACGGCCUACUCGUCUUUGCUUAAUGAUAUCAACAAGCAAUUCCUCACCCAUUCGGACCAAGACGUGCUGGCGGAGGCAAGCGUGGCUUUCCUCCAUGCCAAGAGCUCCGAUGAGAUGCGCGAGGCGCUGGAGAGCAAAAUCCAGGAGCUAUGGGAUGAUAUGGUGGAGGCACUUGGUGCAUUGUCCCGGAAAAAGGAUGUCCAGGAAGGAGGAUCCAUCUCCGACCCGACCCUCACGGACUUGGCCAACACCGUCACGCGCAUUUCGAACCUUGCGGGCAUCACAGACUGCACCAGCAUUCUUGAAACGGUACCUAGCACCCGCUCAAGGUCCAAGAAGGACCACCCGGAAGCCCCCUUCAACACGCUCAUACAUCUCGCGGGGCGUGGCGUCCUCAAGGAAGACGAGGAUGAGGAGACGGCCCAGGCAGAGGCAGAGCUCGUGACGAGCAGCCUCCGAACCUUACUCUUCUACUUCAUGUGGAAAGUGCAAGGGCUGGCUGCUGCGCUGAAUGACGGCAAAGCAUCCUUCACGACAUCCUAUUUCGAAGCCCUCACCAAAAGUCGCGAAAUGUUCGCGUCCACCCUCACCAGAAUUAUGGAGAAGCGUUCUGGUCUCGAUGAACUACGGUUCACAGCUACGACCACCUUCCUGGACCUGCAGACGUUAUUCAGCACACUCCGUAACGUCGGACAGGGCAAUGGCAAUGACGAAGACGUUGUCUUCCAGACUCAAAGCCUCGUCCACGAAAUCGGACAUGAUGCUCAGGCCCUCGUCACCAAAAUCCACGGCAUCGCUGAACGCACCUUCGCCAAGAAAUCCGGCCGCAACAUCGACCCCGCUGACGAAGAAGCUCCGGAAGACGACCCUGAGGAUGAAGACGAGGCCAGUGACGAUGACAACGAUGAGGCAGUGGCCAACGAGCGCCUCCGCAGCAACAUCGUGGCCGAGCAGCGUCUGUGCGAGCUAACUGGUAAGCUCGUCCUCGCAAUCAUCGCCCGCAUCGUCGACGCCUCUGGCGCCAAGCGCGGCUCCCUGAAGAAGCGCCUGCUGCGCAACAAGACUGCGCUAGGCCAGAACUACCGCGAGGUAUUGUCGUACCUAGAAGAGCGGAAACCACGGAGCGCGCCGAAAAGCAGAGCGAAGCAGCAGCCCGCCAAACCUGGUGCCGCCGCGGGCCAGCCGACUAGCAAGACGUCUGCUAUCUCAGCCGAACGUGUCGUCGAUGAUGAUGAGGAGGAGGAAGAAGAGGGUGGAGGGCCGGAUCCCAUGGAAGAAGAUGAUGAGGAUGAUCUGCGCGCUCGCGGACUCGUUGAGGAUGAUAUCGACCGCGCGGACGAGGACAUCGAAGACUUGAAUGCUCUAGUCGCUGAGCCUGACGAGGAUGAGGACGAGGUCAUGGGUGACUGA